GCUGCGGCUGAGGAGAUCGAGCUGCGAGAGAUGGCCGCGAGAGAGACGACAGCACGGCCUCCCGGGCCCGCGAGGGACGAAGAGACGGCGCUGCUCUUCGAGAGAGCCCACCACCGGCACGACCCGCGCUGGCUGCUGCCCGUGCCCCCACGCCUCUGCCUGGCCUGCACGCUGGAGCUGCUGCCGGAGACCGGCGUAUCGUUGGUUCGCAAGAAGCAUGUGCUGUCCUGCUUGCGAGAUGCUCUCGUGAGGCAUGCCUCCCACGUUGUGCAGCUGGUGGCUCAGGAUCAGAGAGUCUGUAUCCACUUCAUAAGCAUGCUUUUCGGACUGUUAUGCAAUGUGGAAGAUGGGAAUGUUACAGACCUCUGUAUUGAAGUCCUUAUCCAGCUUACAACUCAGCUGAAGUUAGAGCAGACCAUUCAUUGCCUGCUGGAUGAGUGCCACAAAGAGCUGUGUAAUAUGCCCUCCAUGCGAGGCAGCCUGGCCACCCUGACCCUUCUUGGCAAGUUGGUGGAUGCCAUCCCUCCUCUGGCAGACAAGCUUGUAGUGAAGCAUGGUGAUCUGAUGGAGCAUCUGUUGAGAGGCUUGGUAUACCCCAACGAGGGGGUGCAAGCUUCUGUCUGUUACCUCUAUGGGAAGUUGUACUCUUCACCAAUGGCAGCUGAGAUGCUUUCAGGCCACUUCCGGGAGAAACUGUGCCCUCUCUUCCUUUCCAUCCUGGAUGGUGCCCAGACAAGAGAGCUAAAGAUCAACUGCUUAGGUUUGCUGAGGCAGCUGCUGAAGUAUGACCUCUUUGUGUCCAUGAUUAUGAACAAGUCUGGGCUGGCAGAAAGUACCAGAAGUGUUGAAGAGGCACCAGGAGAGACCUCAUUGCCUUUGGUGCUCAAGAAGCUUCUCCUCUCAAGAGACGAGACUCUGCAGGUGGCCAGCACCCACUGUAUAACUGCGGUGCUGGUCCCCUCCCCAGUGAAGCAUGCCCUGGCCUUCAUCCAUGCUGACAUCCCAGAGUUCCUCUUUGAGCAUCUUUCCUCUUCCAGCGAAGUGCUUGUCUGGUCCAGCUACAACUGUUUGAUACUCCUGGCAGAAGAGCCACUCUUCUUUUCCAAGUGCCACACGGUGUACGGGAUUGAGUCGGUGGUGAGGAGCCUGCAGGGAAUCUUGAGGAUGAACAACACAGAGCUGCACAAGCAGGGCCUGCUGCUCUUUGCUGAGAUCCUGACUCGGCAGCCAGAGGAGAUCAAGCUGUUCACAAGCUCAACCAUGUGUGGAGAUGCUGGCCGUGCCCUCCAAGAGGCAGUAAGCAGCCCUGUGCUGGAGGUGGCUGCUGAGGCUGUGAAGGCCGCUUCUGCCUUUCUGAGGAAGGACCAUCAGAGUGCCCCACCUGUGCAGUACAAGCAACUGCGGGCCUUGCUUGAAGCCAUGCUGAGCCGGUGUGCAGAUUUUUCCCAGACCCCGCUGAGCAGGAGACCCCAGGGCCAUGCCUCCAGUAGAGAGUCAGAGGAGGCCAUUCUUUGGAGGGGAGACUUCCUCCUGAGCACUCUGGAGGGAUUUCGAAAUGCAUGCAGGUUGGCUGUGGAAUUCCAAAGUGAGCCUUCUGCCCAGGAGAAUCCAUUCACAGCUCCCAGUGCUGAGAAGGAAGACACCUUGGAGGACUUCUCAGAAUUUCUUCUCAGUGUCUGCGACUCCCUUUGUAUCCCCAUGGUGAUGAGGUACUUGGAGAUGGCCAAUCACCCAGCCUUGAUGGAAGUUUUCCUCUCGAUUCUCCUCAGUCUCUUUGUUAUUGUUCCCCACAUGAAGGAGAAGUUCUCCAAGAAGCUCGCUUCCUCAUCUUUCAUACGACUGACCCUGGAACUAAAGGCUAGGUUCUGCAGCAGCCUGAGUCACUCAGCCCUGAACCAGGUGUGUUCCACUUUCUUGUACUACAUGUGCCUCAACCUCCUCUCAGCUCCAGAGAAGACAGGACCACCUUCCGAAGAAGAACUCUCUACAGUGUCUGCAUUCCUGCAGCAUGGGCUGCCCCAGAUAAGCAGCAGGAGCUCUGAAAGCCUUGUCUUUCUGUCUGAUCGCCAGCAUGUGGAGGGAACUGCUCGCCAAAAACAGUACUGCAUCCUGCUUCUCUUCUACCUGGCCUACGUACAUGAGGAUAGGUUUGUCUCAGAGACAGAGUUAUUUGUGGCUGUGCAAAGCUUCCUCCUGUCUCUGCAGGACCAGGGCGAGCGUCCCCCUCUGACGGUCUUCAGAGCCUCCAUCUAUCUGCUUGCAAUCUGCCAGGACAAAGAUGGUGCACUAGAUAAGGCUAUGGUCAGUGCCAUCAGAAAAUUCCUAGAGGGCAUCGCGGACCUGCACCUAGUCUACACUCACCACCCCCUCCUGCUCAGGUUCUUCCUGUUAUAUCCAGAGCUGAUGAGUAGGUUUGGGCACCAUGUCCUGGAACUUUGGUUCUCCUGGGAAGAGAGCAGCUGUGAGGAGCUGGAUAAUGUUCCUUCUGCUGGACAGCCCACCCUUCCUGCGAGCUUAGCCGCCCUGUUCCUCAUGCUCAGAAGCACCCCCAGCAUCCUGCUCAUUUUGCUAGACCUCAUCUAUUCCAGCCCAGUGGACACAGCCCGAAAGGUACUGAUGGUUCUUAGGAGCUUUUUGCAGAGGAAUGAGGAUAUCCAAGUGGAAGGUCUCAUCCGAGGCCAUUUCCUGCUAAUCCUACAGCAUCUGCUGGUGGAGCAUGAGGCAUCCCCCCGAGAAGCCUCAGGGAACCUGCCGUUGCUGCUCAGCCUCCUCUCCUUAAUGCAGCUGAGGAACGAGUCAGAGCAAGAACUGGACAGCAUGGCCAUGAACCUCCUUCACCAAGUGAGCAAGCUGUGUAGGAAGUGCAGCCCCACUGACGUGGACAUCUUGCAGCCCUCCUUCAACUUCCUGUAUUGGAGCCUUCAUCAAACCACGCCAAGCAGUCAGAAAAGAGCUGUUGCAGUGCUCCUCAGCAGCACAGCCCUGAUAGAGCUUCUGGAAAAGAUGCUGGCGCUCACCUGGGCUGAGGUGGGUUCCCCCAGGACUGCACUCCUCUGCUCCGCCUGGCUGCUCACUGCCUCCUUCUCUGCCCAGCAGCACAAUGGCAGUUUACAGGUUCACCAGACACUGUCCGUGGAACUGGACCAAGUAUUGAGCUUCCUCAGCUUUCCAAAGAAAAAAGCUGCCCUGCUCUCAGCUGCCGUGUUAUGCUUCCUGCGGACAUCCCUGCAACAAAGCUUUUCUUCUGCCCUGGUGACCCUAGUGCCAUCAGGGGCCCGGCCACCACCAGCCCCUGAGGACACUGUACUAGCUCCACUGGGAACAUCACAAAUCCUGUCCCUGGUCAUCGGAUUGCAGAACCUCCUGGUGCAGAAGGACCCUCUUUUGUCCCAUGCCUGUGUUGGCUGCCUGGAGGCCUUGCUUGACUACCUGCAUGCCCGAAGCCCAGACAUCGCCCUCCAUGUAGCCUCCCAGCCCUGGAAUCGUUUUUUGCUGUUUACCCUCCUGGAUGCUGGAGAGAAUUCCUUCCUCAGACCUGAGAUCUUGAGGCUCAUGACCCUGUUUGUGCGGUUCCAGAGCAGCUGUGUCCUCUCUCUUGAAGAGGUGGGUUAUGUUCUGCAAGGCGUGGCUUCAGCUGACCUCUCUGCUCUCUCAAAUACCACACUGCAGGCUCUGCGUGGCUUCUUCCUGCAGGUCCAGAGCACAGGCCUCCUGGUUGAUCACACCACAGUCCGGACCCUGCAGGCCUCCUUGGAGGGCCUUUCCCUCAGGGCUUCCUCAGCCCAGCCACCCCCGCAGGACAUGCUCUGCGUAGGAGGGGUGGCUGUAUCCCUAUCGCACAUCAGAGACUGAAUCUCAGGACUUGAAGGUACAGAAGUGGAGAGAACCGAGACCUGGAGAAGAUAAAGUCAGGACAGAAUUGCUGGGGAAAUGGGUGGCAGUUGUAGCCAUUCUUCUGGAGCCAUUUACUCCACUGUUGAAAUGGAAUCAGGAAGUAAAAUGAUACACUCAUGUCUCUGGGCUCUCCAAAAACAUUCACCCUCAACUCAUCUUGGCUUCUUUGGGCUGGUUCUUUAGCCCGUUGGAUGGCCAUCGCUUCAGCAAGGGAUGGAGGGCCUCAGGGAGAAAGGGGUAUGAUUUGUUCUGGUAACACAUAAGAAACACCAGCUGGAUGCCUGUUGUACCCAGGAAACACCAGUCAGGCCAUCCUUGGGGCUGGAAGGGCAGGGAAUGACCUGUUUGGUACUGCUGUGAUCCCAGUGCUCUAAGAGGCACUUUACCUCUGCCUCAUCUUACGUGAAGGUACAGUUUCCAGGCAAGAAAGCUGAGGUCAAAUCCUCAGCUUUACUGAGAAACUGCCCCAGCUCAGCCCUUCUCUGGCUAAAGUAAGUUCUCUGUGUUUCUUUCCCUCAGCCCUUUCCAGAAAAUUUGUAUACCCACGUGUGCAGUUCUUUUAUGUCUGCUGUCCACAACUAUGCCCGCCCAUUCUGAAUUCAGCUCUCAGGGGCUUCCAGCUCCCUUCCCCCCGCUGAGGGUCCCCCAACCUGGGUGCCUGUAACUGGACAGCCAUCCUUCCUCCUUGAGUCUGGCAGUAGGGACCCUGCACAACACUGGGCUGAACUAAUGAAUGGACAGUAGGGGCCCCCGACUACUUGGUUUAUAAGCUGGUGGAAUGGAGCGGGAAGAUCCACUCCGCAUUUCAAGUUUCUUUGGAAAAAAAAGUUCUAGUUACGAUCCACUAAAUGAUCUAUCCACCUGCAGUUUAAAAGACAACUGACGAAACAGUUGCGUGGAAGGCCGGCCAAGGGCCAGGACCCCGUUUUGCAGACGCGCCCUUUAAGUUAGGCACAGACCCCCCGCAGACUUAGUUUCCUUCAG